AUGUCUCUCGCCGCUGGCCUCUCUCCAAUAGGUCUGUCACUUCGUCGUGAACAUGCACCUGCGAAAGUAACCACAGGGAGUGUCCCUUUCCAGCAUGAGACAAAUUACCUAAACCUCCAUCGGACUUUGUUACGCCUCCAGCACCUGAUCCUCCUUACACCGACACCGUCCUCCGCCUCUCAUCUGGGCAGCAACCAACAGCCACAACUCAGCUCACUGCAAGCCGAGAUACAAGCUGAGCUAUGGUCACCGCUUCCCUACGGCCGCGAUAAAUGGUUGCAAGAUAUCGAGGGUGCGCGCACGCAGCUUUUGCAGCUCGAGCGCAAGGCACAGGCCAUUCCUGUUCAACGUGCAAAGUAUGAGGCUCUCAAAGAUCUCGCCGAGAAACGGGCACUUGUCAAAAGAUUACGGAAUCGUGUUGAGGAGAUUGGGAGGGAGAUUGAUCUUAUAAGCCCCGAUGCUAGUGAGCCUCUCCACGAGGAUGAUGGCGCUGAAACAUUAUAUGACAUCUUGCGGGAGCACGAACAGGCUAAGGAAUCCAAAGAUCAGAUUUCUGGAGAAUCGGAGGACAAUGUACUACACGAUGAAAGCCACGCCCAAAGUCCUCGGAAAGAGAGCGACAAGCACAGUGCCAAAGAUACUGGGCGGCAAGAAUUAUUCGCAGAUUCUGAAGUACGACGAAGGGGUGGAAAACAAGACCCUUCGUUAGAUGCAGGUGGUGCUCGAACAACAGGAUUCUCAAACUCGCAAUCUACAGAGCGAUUACUGUUGAAUUCGUCUCGAGCGCACGAAGACCUAACAGCCUCAUUAGUGAGUAUGGCAGUCCAAUUGAAGCAACAAAGCAAGGCGAUGCAAUUCUCUUUGGAACAAGACAAAAGUCUUGUUGACAGGGCGUUGGAAGGCCUCGAUAUCAGCCUGACGGGAAUGGCGGCGGCAAGUAAAAAUAUGGCAUUUCUCACACGCAUGUCCGAAGAGGAAGGCUGGUUCGGACGCAUGAAGCUGUACGCCAUGAUUUUUGGCAUGUGGAUUGCCGCCUUUCUUUUGGUCUUUGUGUGUCCGAAACUCAGGUUUUGA